CACAGAACGCAAGCCGGGCUCGCCCGUCCGGCUCGCAGCGCUCCUCCGGCCGCCUGCGCCUCCUCCUCCGCCGCCGCCGCCAACUUUCUCCAAACUUCCCCAGCCGCGGGAUCCUUUCUCCACGCGCGCGCCGCAGACCUCGCCUUCGCCCGAUGUUGUGAUCCGGCGAUCGCGGGGGAAGGAGAGCGAGCCGGCGGCCCCGAUCUGGCUGCGCAGUGAGCCGCUGGGCAGCCCCGAAGAGGAGCCUCCUUCCCGCGGCGCAGGCGAGGGCCUCUGCGGAGCGAUGCUGCCGCCGCCCGCCUUGCUGGUGGCCCUGGCGGGGCUGCUGGCCGGCGGGGCGGCCCCGGCGCGGGGCGCGGCGUGCGAGCCGGUGCGCAUCCCGCUGUGCAAGUCGCUGCCCUGGAACAUGACCAAGAUGCCCAACCACCUGCACCACAGCACGCAGGCCAACGCCAUCCUGGCCAUCGAGCAGUUCGAGGGGCUGUUGGGCGUGCAGUGCAGCGCCGACCUGCUCUUCUUCCUCUGCGCCAUGUACGCGCCCAUCUGCACCAUCGACUUCCAGCACGAGCCCAUCAAGCCCUGCAAGUCCGUCUGCCAGCGGGCCCGCGCCGGCUGCGAGCCCGUCCUCCUCAAGUACGGCCACGCCUGGCCCGAGAGUCUGGCCUGCGACGAGCUGCCCGUCUACGACCGCGGCGUCUGCAUCUCCCCGGAGGCCAUCGUCACCGCCGAGGGCUCGGAUUUCCCUAUGGAUUCUAAUAAUGGCAACUGUAGAGGCACCAGCAUGGAGCGCUGCAAAUGCAAACCUAUAAAAGCUACUCAGAAAACUUAUCUUCGGAAUAAUUACAACUACGUUAUUCGGGCUAAAGUAAAAGAGGUGAAGACCAAAUGUCAUGAUGUCACUGCAGUCGUGGAAGUAAAGGAGAUUUUAAAAUCUUCCUUGGUUAACAUUCCUAGAGACACUGUUAAUCUGUACACUAAUUCUGGUUGCCUGUGCCCGCCUCUUAAUGCUAAUGAAGAGUACAUCAUUAUGGGUUAUGAAGAUGAAGAACGCUCCAGGUUACUCUUGGUAGAAGGAUCCAUAGCUGAGAAAUGGAAGGAUCGUCUUGGUAAAAAAGUAAAGCGUUGGGAUCAGAAACUCCGUCAUCCUGGAAAAGGCAGAACUGAACCUGGGCAAAGUGAUUCUGUUCAGAAAUCCAGCCGGACCAGCAAUCCACGGCAAAGACGCAACUAGAAGUUGAAAUGUCAAACUUUUUUUGGGGGGGGGGUGUGUGUGUGGAAAUCCAUGGACUUGCAUAAAUUAAAGACUUGUCUUGUUGGAGCUGCAAAGGAGAAAUUGCACUAUUGCACGUUAUAUUCUUUUGUUUACUAUGAAAUCAUGUUGUAGCCUAUAUUAGUGUUUAUCUUCCCUCUUGUUUUUUCUGGCAUUUGUAGGUGUAUAAGCACACAGAAAAAUUGUAUAUUUUACUCACAAAUAUCUGUGGAUCCCCCUUAUAUGAGUUUUUUUUAAAAAAUUGGCAAGUGUGAUGAAGUUAGCAGAUAUCAUGGUUAUUGUUUGUACGCAAUUAAUGGAGUCCAGUGGCCUGGGCAUCUUAUGGCGCAUGUAUGAAUUUCUAUGCCUAAGCAAUCUCGGGAUUGAGGAUGCAGAUCUCUGCAGGUAAAGAUUUCUGAAACUCAGUUUAGAUGAUCAUAACUUGGAGUAGAGAUGGUGUCCAAUGGGGGUGGAUGAUGUUUCUUCUUGUGUCUCAUGCCCAAAGCACUGAAUGGUCACACUUGGGUACAGGGGUCGUUUCGUAGAAAAAGAGCAGGAGGAACUCAUUAGCAUAACUGAUUUGCAUGUGCCACACCCCCUGACAUCACCUAUCCUGGCUGUUUUGGAUCCAAUCCUGGCCAUUCAGGGCCGAAAUUGGGCCCAAGAUGGCAAAAAUGGGCUGAAAAUGGCCGAAAAGGAGCCCAAAAUGGUCAGGAUCAGGCCACUAAAGAGCGGGAGAGUGAUCCAUCACCCGUCAGAGGCCCGAUCUGGGCCGUUUCGGCCUCAAUCCAGGGUGAAACGGGCCCAAAAUGACCGAGAGGUGGGUGGGGCCACCUGACAUGUGACCUCUUUGGGGAACUGCUGGAACUGCAUUCCUGCGCAUUCCUCCUCAAAAUGAGCCCUGCUUGGCUAUAAUGCUGCAAUAGGAACUCACAUAUUAGCAUCUGGCAUGUGUGGGCCCUAAUCGCAUAGUUAGUAGCCAAUCUACAGUCUAAGAAUUAACUGAGUUGUUUGGGCCUGUACAUGAGGAUGCAAGGUGUAAUUUGUCUCCUGUGCUAUGCAUCCCCCUCUUUUGGGGGGGGGGGCUGUCGCCUGAACUAGGCUGUAAUUGUGUACAAGAAUGGGAUUAGGUAUAAACUCAGAAUCUGCAUGUGUGUGUGUGUGUGUG